AUGUCGUCCCCCUUCGGAGGAACGAUGCUGUGGAUCGUCCUGCUCGGCAGCAUCGGCGUCGCUCUCGUCCGGACGACUCCCAUCCCUCUGCUGGAUGAAUCGGAGGAAAUCGACGAGCCUUGUUUCCAUCCCUGCUACUGCGAGGUGAAAGAGGGUCUGUUCCAUGUCCACUGCGAUGGCAAAGGUUUCACCAACGUCAGCCAGGUGGCUCAGUCCUGGAUCAGACCUUUUAAGCUGUAUCUCCAGAAGAACACCCUGCGCAAGCUUUACUUUAACAGCUUCCUGCACCUGAAUAACGCCAUAGCUGUGAACCUGGGCAACAACGCGCUGCAGGACAUCCAAGCCGGUGCGUUUAACGGACUGAGCUCCCUGAAGAGACUUUACCUCCAUGAGAACAAGCUGGAAGUGUUCCGCAAUGACACGUUCCUCGGCCUGGAGAGCCUGGAGUACCUGCAAGCCGACUACAACGUCAUCAGGCGGAUUGAGAGCGGUGCGUUUAGACACCUCAACAAACUCCGGGUGCUGAUCCUCAAUGACAACCUGAUACCCGCAUUACCGCCGUUCCUCUUCAGAUCCGUCUCGCUUACACACCUGGACCUGAGAGGAAACCGCCUAAAGACUCUGAGCUACCGAGGAGCGCUGGAGUACAUCGGGAGAAACCUGAUGGAGAUCCAGCUGGAGGAGAACCCGUGGAACUGUGCGUGUGAUAUCGUCCAGCUGCGGGCCUGGCUGGACAGAAUUCCGUACACAUCUGUGGUGGGAGAGAUCACAUGUGAGUAUCCGUUCCACCUGCAUGGCAAAGACCUCAGAGAGAUCAAACGGCGCGAGCUCUGCCCAACACUGACCGAUGCCGAAGUUGAGGCCAAUCUAGGAAUCCCUCAUUCAUCAGGAAGAGCGAGACCAACAAAGCCUUCGUCUAUUUUCUCCGCAAACCAGAACACAGUGUCAUCUGUGGAACAGAAGAAGCUGAAACCGACGCGAAAGCCGAGGCCAUCGAAAACCCCGCCUACGCCACGCGGCAUUUAUCCAAACCAUCCUCCGAUCGCUGGAUACGAGACGAGGCCGCCCAUCCCCAUCAUCUGCCCCAUUGGCUGCACCUGCAACCUGCACAUCAACGACCUCGGCCUGACCGUGAACUGCAAAGAGAACGGAUUCCACAACGUUUCCGAGUUAACACCACGACCGCUAAAUGCAAAGAAGCUCUACCUGAGUGGAAAUCUGAUCCAGAGGAUACACAGGUCUGACUUUUGGAAUUUUUCCAGUCUGGAUUUGUUACACUUGGGAAACAACCAAAUAUUUUACGUUCAGGAAGGUGCGUUUAGCAAUCUACCCAAUUUACGCAGCCUGUAUCUCAAUGGGAAUAACAUCGAGAAGCUGACGGCGGACAUGUUCCACGGCCUGCACAGUCUGCACUACUUGUAUUUUGAAUAUAACGAGAUAAAGGAAGUUCAGCCAGCGGCGUUUAGCCCGAUGCCUGCGCUCCAACUUUUGUUUCUCAAUAACAAUCUUCUACAUUCGCUUCCUGUCGGCGCCUUCAAGGGAACUUCGCUUGCUCGGCUCAGCCUGCGCAAUAACUACUUCCCUCACCUGCCCGUAGGCGGGGUUUUAGAGCACCUGCACGCCGUGGUGCAGAUCGACCUGAAUCAGAACCCCUGGGACUGUGCGUGCGAGAUCGUUCCGUUAAAACAGUGGUUGGAUACGUUAAGCUCUGUGGUUAUCGUCGGCGAGGUGCUGUGUAAGACGCCAGAUGCCAUGUUGGGGAAGGAUUUGCGCUCUCUGAGCCCCGAGGUGAUUUGCCCCGAGCUUUUAAAACCGUCCUCAUCUCCGGAUGAACGUGAAAUGGAGUUUUCACCCUCGUUCCCUCCUAAACCUGUAAUUCCUCUUUCUGUGCUCGUCCUCAGCCUCGUCGUCCUCUUCGUCUCGUCCUUCUUUGCUGCCGCGGCGCUCUGCAUGUUUAUUAUGAAAAAGCGCGACAAGCUUCCAUUUAGGAAGCAGGAAGAGGCAGGGCUAACUGGAAUUCAGAUGGAGUGUGGAAUAUUUACAGAAACCCCGCCCACACUGCCGGAAACCCCGCCCUCCAACCAUGUCUAUGAGUGCAUCACUGUGUCGUCUUCACAACGUACAGCUUAUGAGCGUGGGCAAGAGGGGGCGGAGCCUCUAGGGCUUUGCAAGGAGGAGGCGGGGCCUCUAGAGCACAAUUUGGAAGGGGCAGAUUGUGGAGAGGGCGGCACCAAUUACAAAACAGCGCUAGAAAAAGAGGAGGAGUGGACGACUAUCGUCAGCCACACUCCCAUCAACACCGUGACGGAUAUCGCCAGUUUCCACGGGAACGGAAUACUCUGUCCGACGGUGAUUGACAGCCAAGGGCCGACUCCGAAAGUGGGAUUGGUACACAACCUUUUCGGGACGAGUUCCUGGUUGGGCGACAUCAGUCCAAAGGAAGCGCUCGCCGUGGACACAGAGGCGAGGACAGACUGUGCUAAUCAAACGCCGAGCAAUUACACCAAGCCCGGCGCCAGACUGAAAACCAAAAUGGAUUACGUCGACGCGCUGGAGAGAUCCUAUCAAUUUUAA